UAUAAUCUAGCGAUGAUCGAAAAAAAUGUGUCUCACGGGGUGUUUUCGGCACUCGCUCUGAGUUAACUCUAGAGUUGACAGGGGUGCUCAACUAGUUUUAUGAGUAAACUUUUACUGUUAAUGCAGCUGGUGGUUUUCAUUGGCGCAGAAUUGAGAAAUGACGGUAGCGUAUGAAAAUCACCUAAUAUUCUAGUUAUUAAAAGUUAAGAUAUAAAAUAUUCUGCUUAUUUUUCAUAAAAUUCCCUAAAAUUUUGUUACUAUAAGCCCCAGAGUUAACUCUGUUUUUUUGCGAGAGUUUAACGAACGGGUAAUAUCCUAACCUAUAAUUGACACACGUGAUUUGUGAAUUUGAAUUACUGGAUUUGGAGAUUUACAAAUUAUUCAAAAAAGAGAAUAUAUUUAUUUGUAUAUUCAGGAAAAUGGAAGAAGUUAAUGUUAUAGCAAUGAUGGCUAUGGCGGCUUAUAAUGUUAUUUUCGAUGAGGAGGAGGAGGAUGAGGAUGACCUCGUUAAUCUAUGUCUUCGAAAUUUGAAAGAGAAAGAAGAACAUCCAAAAAUUGAAGAUUUUUUUGAAGAAACGGUCCCAAGAUAUUCACUUUCGGAUUUUCAAUCUCAUUUUCGAAUGACGAGAACGACUUUUGAAGCAUUGAGCCUCAUGUUUGGACCAGAUUUAAAUACGCCAUAUCUAAAUGUAACGGUGACCAAGAAAUUGGCUAUUGCCAUCUGGACAUUUGCAAAUCAAGAGGUCUAUCGAUCUGUUGCUGAUCGUUUUGGCGUAGCCAAAUCAACUGCUUGGCAGUGUGUUCGUGACGUAGCAACUGUUCUCUGUACGCGUUCAUCAGAAUUUAUUAAAUGGCCUACUGAAGAUGAAGUGGAAAGGAACAAGCAAGAGUUUCAGGCAUUUUCUGGCUUUCCAAGUGUCAUUGGGGCUGUGGAUGGAUGCCACAUCCAAAUCAGCGCACCUCAUGAAAAUCCAGCGAGUUACGUAAAUAGACACGGCUAUUAUUCAAUAAAUAUGCAAGGAAUUUGCGAUGCUCAAAUGCGCUUUAUUGAUGUUUAUGCUGGUUGUUGUGGCAGUGUAAAUGAUGCAAGAGUAUGGCAGAUGAGUGAUAUUAGGAACGAAAGUGAACGCGAUAAUGAAAAAUACUUUCCAGGGCAAACUCACAUUUUGGGAGAUAAAAUAUAUCCAGUAAACUUUAAUUUGUUGCCGCCUUACAAAGAGUACGGCAAUUUGACCAGAGUACAAAGGUACUACAAUCUGUUGCAUGCAAGAACACGGCAAGUGAUUGAAAGAACUUUUGCGUUGCUUCUGUGUCGUUUUAGACGACUUAAAUAUUUAUACCUCCAAAAUGUGGAGUACGCUUCACUCAUUAUUCUUGCUUGUUGUUGUCUCCACAACAUUUGCAUAUCCUUGAAUGACAUUAUUGAUGACGUUCCAAAUAUUCAGGAAGAUGACUUGGAUGAAGAACUCAACGAUUAUGAGAAUGAACCGAUACCAGAGGGACAACCAGGAAAUCAACGUUUUAAUCCGGAUAUUAAGCGUAAUAUUAUUGCCAACACGCUGUAUAUUAAUCGCGAGUGAUAACGUACAUUAUAUGACGUAAUUAAUUCAUGAUUACGGCAUCAUGUAUUAAAGCUUCGUAUAGGAAAUAAGUGAAAAGUGUCUAAUAAUAGCAAAACAAUCUUAAGUGCUUUCAAACAGCAAAACAAUCUUAAGUGCUUUUUUAGUACAUUAUAUUGUAAAUAGUUAUUAGGAUAAGAUUUUACUAAUGUAAAAUUACUUACGUUUGCGUGCAUGAGUGUGAAUGUAUGUAUAUAUUUUGGUGCAACAUUUAGUUAUUUUUAUUGUUUCUAUAUGCGUGUACGGGUGUGAUUUAUAUGGAAGAGCGUAAUACAUAUGCUAUGUAUAGUUUUUAAGGAUUUGAAUUUGUAAAUAUAUAAGAAGGUUUACUUUCAAGUAACAGUACAUAUACAUAUAAAUUUGUAUUAUAUAUAUAUAUAAAUUUAUAUAUGGAAAUAUGACUUUUCCUUGAAGGGUUUCCCUUUCCGUUUAGUAACGGAAACAUUGC